AUGUCACAAUCCCGUGAGCUGGACGAAGAUACCGACAUGGCCAUUUCGUAUGCAAGCAGGGCCUCGGCCGGUCCCCCUCAAACGCUUCCAUCAUUUCGCGAGCUCCUUCCGCCGCACCUCCACGAUGAGAUCGACUCUUCCACUUCACACUAUAGCUCCCGCCACCAAUUGCAGGAGCGCCCUCCAUCCGGACACGAGAUGGCAGCCGACCCCCGAUCUAUUCCCGGCUACUCAAGUGCGUCCUCGAAAAUGCCGUACGGCGAGCACCCCCGCGAAUACACAACCCGCCCCGGCGAGCACCCGCCCCGGCCAAUGGGCGAUCAUCUAUCUAUGAGACUCGGUGAUAAUGCUUCGCGAGGCCCUAGCCCAAUCCUCCCGCCGAUUCGGGACCUCCAAUCGAUGUCAGACCGGAAAGGAUACCCAGACAACAGAAUGGCUGCCCCGCGGUCCGACCCCUUCGUACAGGAAUACCGUCCCGGCCAACCAAGCCCCAUGCCAGGACUGAUGGGAGACCGACGGAGUGCGGAGACGUACGGAGCUCCUGUGAUGCAUGCCCAGCCGCCAUAUGGGCACCCGGGGAUGCCGUACCAGGGCGACGCGGACCAGAUGUCGCCCGGAAUGAUGACGCACCCGCAGCAGGCCAAUUUCGGCAUUAUGGGCGACCCGAUUGAUCCUAAGACGAAGCGCCGACGGGGUAACCUGCCUAAGCCAGUGACGGAUAUUUUGCGCGCCUGGUUCCAUGAGCAUCUGGAUCACCCGUACCCCAGUGAGGAGGAUAAGCAGAUGUUCAUGACUCGGACUGGCCUGUCCAUCAGCCAGAUCAGCAAUUGGUUCAUUAACGCCCGGCGACGGCAGCUUCCUGCUCUGCGGAACCAGAUGCGAAGCGGAGGUGACGAUUCUUCCAGGCACUCUCCGUUUAGCGACGUGGACCAAGAGCCUAUGCCAUCUCCUCGCCAUUAG